GGUAAGAUGGCAGCUGUGAGUCUGUGGCUCAGUGACUUGAUGUGGGGGAAACUCGGCAGGUAUCCUCCUUGGCCAGGAAAGAUUGUGAAUCCACCCAAGGAUUUGAAGAAACCAUGUGGUAAGAAAUGCUUCUUUGUGAAAUUUUUUGGAACAGAAGAUCAUGCCUGGAUCAAAGUGGAGCAGCUGAAGCCAUAUCAUGCUCAUAAAGAAGAAAUGAUAAAAAUCAACAAGGGAAAACAAUUCCAACAAGCUGUGGAUGCUUUGGAAGAGUUCCUCAGGAGAACCAAAGGAAAAGACCAGGACCUCACUAUCCCCGAGUCUAGUACUGUGAAGGGGAUGAUGGCCGGACCUAUGGCCAUAUUUAAAUGGCAGCCAACUGCGAGUGAGCCUGUCAAAGAUGCAGAUUCUCACUUCCAUCAUUUCUUGCUGAGCCAAACAGAGAAGCCAGCUGUUUGUUACCAGGCAAUCACAAAGAAGUUGAAAAUAUGUGAAGAGGAAACUGGUUCCACCUCCAUCCAGGCAGCAGACAGCACAGCUGUGAAUGGCAGUAUCAUACCCACAGACAAAAAGAUAGGAUUUUUGGGCCUUGGACUCAUGGGAAGUGGCAUUGUCUCCUACUUGCUAAAAAUGGGUCAUACAGUGACUGUCUGGAACAGGACUGCAGAGAAAUGUGAUUUGUUCAUCCAGCAGGGGGCCCGCCUAGGAAGAACCCCCACUGAAGUUGUUUCAACUUGCGACAUCACUUUCGCCAAGGACCUGGUGCUGGGCCCAGUACUGCAAGGGAUCCGUCCUGGGAAGUGCUGUGUGGAUAUGUUAAUGGUGGAUGCCGACACAGUCACUGAGCUGGCCCAGGUGAUUGUAUCCAGGGGGGGUCGCUUUCUGGAGGCCCCAGUCUCAGGGAAUCAGCAGCUGUCUAACGACGGGAUGUUGGUGAUCUUAGCAGCUGGAGACAGGGGCCUAUAUGAGGACUGUAGCAGCUACUUCCAGGCUAUGGGGAAGACCUCCUUCUUUCUAGGUGAAGUUGACAAUGCAGCCAAGAUGAUGCUGAUUGUAAACAUGGUCCAAGGGAGCUUCAUGGCCACCAUUGCAGAGGGGCUAACCCUGGCCCAGGUCACAGGCCAGUCACAGCAGACAUUCUUAGACAUCCUCAAUCAGGGACAGUUGGCCAGCAUCUUCCUGGACCAGAAGUGCCAAAAUAUCCUACAGGAGAACUUUAAGCCUGAUUUCUACCUGAAAUACAUUCAGAAGGAUCUUCACCUGGCCAUUGCACUGGGUGGUGCAGUCAACCACCCAACACGUAUGGCAGCUGCAGCCAAUGAGGUAUACAAAAGAGUCAAGGCGUUGGACCAGUCUGACAAUGAUAUGUCUGAAGUGUACCGAGCCUACAUACACUAAACUGUAGAUGCCCUGCCCCACCCCUCUGAUCUUCCCUCAACCCUGUUUUCCUCAUAUGGGGUUGGGGUUCUGUGACUUAACUCUGGACCAGUCCACCUGUCUCCAUUUCCUUUUAUACAGACUCGAGACUUGCCAUCAGCACAGCACACAGCAGUACCCCUCCCUGAAGCCCUGGGAGGGAGGGGUGUUACCAAGGUUGGCUUGUGAGGAAGCUCUUGAGCUGGGCACUGGCCCCAACUAGGUGGCUGUACAUGUGUACACACACACACACACACAUACACAAACACAAACACA